GUGCUUGAAGACUCCUCAGAUGAUUCAGAAUUAGAAGUGGAUGUUGUGGAAAUCUCUGAUACCAAUAGUGAAGCAACCAGAAGUCCUUCCUCACCCAGUAAAAGACCAUUAAAUCGCCCUCAGAGAAAAUCCCUGGACACAUCAAAAGGUGCUAAAAUGAAUGUACCAUACAGUCAAACCUCCUUAAUAUGGACACCAAAGGGACAGAGCCAAGUGUCUGCGUCACUGAGGUGUCUUUAUUAUGGAAGUAUAAACUACUAGUACAUGUAUACAGUACAUAAAUUUUUUUAUCUCUGGGAUGCAGGGUCAUUUUUGUAUGCAACAGGUCACAAUUUUUUUAUUAUUUUUCUGACCAACAGGUCACACUUCGCCUUUGAGUUACAGCUGUAUGUAGCACACAGAUGACCUCAAUUACCCCUUUUUAGCAAAGUUCCUUUUGACUACAGGGUGCAAAGAAAGCCAUUUUUAAAGCUUGCCAUUUGGGUAAGCUGAAGCUAACACUUUAUUUGCCCAAACAUCAUUUCAACUAGCCCAAAAAACAUUUUGAUGAGCAGAAUUGAUUUCACAGUUCUUCUGUAAUUUGAAUUACUCUGAAAACUUCGUUUGCCCAUCAGGCAAGUUAAGAACAGAAUUCACUAGCCCGAUGGCAAAAUCCACUAGCUCUUGGCUAUCAGACACUACUUUCUUUGCACGCUGGUUUAGAUAAAAUUAAUUGAUAUGAUGAUUAGCAACAACUAGGGCAUUAUCCACUCUCCUUGUUUACAAAUUGAAUCACACAGUAUUUUGUAUGUGGUGUUCAGAAUUAUCACUUUUCUUACUUAUGGACAUUAUUAUGGACAUGACGUGACUGCAAAGUGUUUCAUUUUCUUCAGAAACUGUAAACACAAAAAUGAUAAAUUCAUAAUUUAAUUUUUCAAGGUAGCUUUAUCAUCAACAUAAACUCUAAGUCAAACUAUUUGUUAUUUCUCUUUCUCCUUUCUUUCUUAAGUAUAAUAACUUGUUUAUUUUGUUUUGGUUUUUGGUUUUCAGGGAAAAGGAGGUCGUCUAGGUUAAUCACAAAUAGCACUCCAGAGGACAUAAAAAAGUGCUAUGUGUGUCAUGGAUUUGAGGAUGAAGUAACUACAGAGUUGUUACAAUGUUCAAAAUGCUCUGCUGUUGGUUAGUAGAUCAUUAAUACUGCAGUCCCAUUCAAACUACCUAUCUGCUCAAUCCUUCCAAAAUUUACAGAGAAAAGCGAUCCUAAAAAAGGCACAUAACUAACUUAACAUUUCCCUUGUACUUCUAUUAAAACAUUUAGGUUUAAAUAUAAAUAAUUUAUGUCAUUUUGGUCGGGAGUGAAUACAUACUACAUUGUAAUUGUAGCUGUUACAGAACAAAAUUUAAUUCAUGUUAAAUUUUUUAAAGCUAGGUUUAUUUUCUAUUUCCUUUGUCUCAUAAAAUUAGAGCUACAGUGUAGGAAACAAGGGAAAUUGAGAGUCAACCUAGGUUAAAAAAUUUUAACCUGUAUAAUUACAGCUGUAUAAUAAUAUUUUGACCCGCAACAUGUAGCCACCAUAAUAUUUGUCUGUAUUUCUUCUAUUGAGUAAAAAAAAAUAGAUGUUCAGAUUUCAAUAACAACAACUGCCACACAAACAGAGGGUGGUCUUCCAGUGCUGUUAAUAGCACUUUACUUUGAAUUUUGACCACAUUAUUAUUAACUCUUUCUCCUUGCUCUUAACUUGCUCUUCCUUCUGUCUAGCUCACAAGUUGUGUCUGAACCUUUUCAAAGAUUCUUGCCCCUUGUUGGACAGCUCUUCGUGGUUCUGCUACAAGUGUAAAUUCUGUUGCUUGUGUAAGGCAGUUCAUGGUGAGGUGAGAACCACACUAAUACAUGAUUGUAUCUCAUAACCCUUUAAAUCCUGCUAUCACAAUUCAGAUUCUCAUUUGUUGCCCCAGCCUAUAUGUUUCCUAUAGAAGUAAUGGAGGGUAUUAAUUUUAUUGAAGUACCGUAAUCCCUCUAUUAAGCCCCUCCUCUCAAAUAAGCCCCGUCCCUCUAAUACCACUCCCCCUCCCUUUUCAGGGGAAGAAAGUUAAUGAGCCCUCUCUCUAUUAAGUCGCCCUCCCUCUCCUCUCCUAAUUAUUCUUCACUAAUAAAUGGUCUGUAUUAAUCAAACACGACUGUUUAAAACUUUGUGUGAACUGAUCUGUGAUGGAUUAUUUAUCAACUGGAAGUUCGGAUUUGAUUCUGAUCAUCGGCUUCAUGACCUAAAACUUCUUUACUUGAGCUUUUCUACUUUGUAUUCUAGUUCGUUAUGGAGAACUGAUACCAUCAUUGUUUCUAAAUUAAAUAGGCCCCCCUCCCCCCCCCCAUCUCUAUUAAGCUCCCCCUCAAAUGGACUUGAAAUAAAUAAGCCCCUUGAGGGACUUAAUAUAGGAGUUACGAUAUCAAUUUAUUACACUGUAGAUUCCUCUUGUGUAAUCAUUUGCUUUAUUCCCAUCACCAAUUUGUUUUGUCCAGCAUUCAUAUUUUUCUAUGAGAAAUUUGGUGAUGAUCACUCUUACAUUGUAGGGCUUAAGGGAAUAAACAGCAUCACAAAGCUUAAAUAAAGAUUAAGCAAAAUGUUUAUGUUCAACUUCUCCCAUCUUCCACCAAGAGACCCUUUGUACAAUCCUGUACAAUCAGUUGAGAAAAGUUACAUGUUUACUUUUAAUAUUACAUUCAACAGGGAGAGCUGGAAUCUUGUAGCAGCUGUGACCGAGGAUUUCACUCAACAUGUGUUACUCUUAAAUUGAAGGGUGUAAAACCUGCUCUCAAAAUGUGUCACGAGUGUUCAUUAGUGAACAAUAGCGAUAUGAUUUUACAGCCAGAUAUCUCAGAGGUUGUUAAGAAAAAGCGUGGCAGGCCAAAGAUUAUACACUCAGAAAGUGAGACAUCUCAAACUGAUGUUGAAUUAGAAAGAACACCUAGCACCCCACAUAAGACCAAGUUAAAAGGACAGUGGAAGUCCUCUUCAAAGAGAUNUUUACUUUGAAUUUUGACCACAUUAUUAUUAACUCUUUCUCCUUGCUCUUAACUUGCUCUUCCUUCUGUCUAGCUCACAAGUUGUGUCUGAACCUUUUCAAAGAUUCUUGCCCCUUGUUGGACAGCUCUUCAUGGUUCUGCUACAAGUGUAAAUUCUGUUGCUUGUGUAAGGCAGUUCAUGGUGAGGUGAGAACCAGACUAAUACAUGAUUGUAUCUCAUAACCCUUUAAACCCUGUUAUCACAAUUCAGAUUCUCAUUUGUUGCCCCGGCCUAUAUGUUUCCUAUAGAUUGAAGUAAUGGAGGGUAUUAAUUUAUUGAAGUACCAUAAACCCUCUAUUAAGCCGCUCCUUUCAAAUAAGCCCCCUCCCUCUAAUACCACUCCCCCUCCCUUUUCAGGGGAAGAAAGUUAAUAAGCCUCCUCUCUAUUAAGUCGCCCUCCCUCUCCUCUCCUACUUAUUCUUCACUAAUAAAUAGUCUGUAUUAAUCAAACACGACUGUUUAAAACUUUAAUUUGUGUGGACUGAUCUGUGAUGGUUUAUUUACCAACUGGAAGUUCGGAUUUGAUUCUGAUCAUCGGCUUCAUGACCUAAAACUUCUUUACUUGAGCUUUUCUAGCUUUUCUAGUUCGUUUAUGGAGAACUGAUACCAUCAUUGUUUCUAAAUUAAAUAAGCCCCCCCUCCCCCUCUCCCCAUCUCUAUUAAGCUCCCCCUCAAAUGGGCUUGAAAUAAAUAAGCCCCCUGAGGGACCUAAUAUAGAAUUUAUGGUAUCAAUUACACUGUAGAUUCCUCUUGUGUAAUCAUGUGCUUUAUUCCCACCGCCAAUUUGUUUUGUAAAGCAUUUAUAUUUUAUUAUGAGAAAUUUGGUGAUGAUCACUCUUACAUUGUAGGGCUUAAAAGAUUAAACAGGCAUCACAAAGCUUAAAUAAAGAUUAAGUGUUUAUGUGCAACUUCUCCCAUCAUGAGAGACCCUUUGUACAAUCAUGUACAAUCAGUUGACAAAAGUUACAUGUUUGCUUUCAAUAUUACAUUCUAUAGGGAGAGCUGGAAUCUUGUAGCAGCUGUGACAGAGGAUUUCACUCAACAUGUGUUACUCUUAAAUUGAAGGGUGUAAAACCUGCUCUCAAAAUGUGUCACGAGUGUUCAUUAUUGAACAAUGGUGAUAUGAUUUUACAGCCAGAUAUCUCAGAGGUUGUUAAGAAAAAGCGUGGCAGGCCAAAGAUUAUACACUCAGAAAGUGAGACAUCUCAAACUGAUGUUGAAUUAGAAAGAACACCUAGCCCCCCACAUAAGACCAAGUUAAAAGGACAGUGGAAGUCUUCUUCAAAGAGAUUUCAACCAUGCCCCACACCUGGCUGUGAUGGAAAGGGUCACAUGACAGGCAAAUUUGACAAGCAUCAUACUGAAAGACCAACAGGUUUUGUAGUAUUGUACUGUCGUCUUCUUACGUUGGUUUGCGUUAAUCAAUAGUACAUCACAUAGCUGUUGGGUGAUGAAUGCAUGUACCUGUAUGCUGUAUUGUUUUGGAAACUUGACACUUACAAGUUUUUAACCAUCUUAAGAGGGUGGUAACUUAUUUUUGAGCGAUUUUGUUUAUACAGUGUACAUGUACAUGUAUAUUGUAAAUAUUGGGUCUUUGGAGAGAUUCUUGUCCACAAGAAUUGAAUAAUCCCACUGUUUAUAAGCACCUGUGGCUCAAAGUACAUGUACAGUACCACUAAAAAGUAAGUCACCAGUGUCACCUUGUUUCUCGUGAGACAAGUGUCUUUUGUGAUCACGAACUCACUGAAGUUCAAGCUUUUCAUCUGGAACUAUUCUCUUAGGACAUACACAUCAAUACAGGUGAAUGAUCUGCGAUAAAAGCGACUUGCAUAAGGUGAAGACUGUGUUUGUUAUUUUGUGAUUCAAUAUAUUUCAUCUUUGAUUCAAUUUUUUUUCCUUUGCUUCAAACUCAUUAAAUCUUAUAUAACCAUAACCAAAUUAAAUAAUUUAAAAUACAGUGUAGAAUUUGAACUGAGGUUUUAAUUUUGAUUUUCCCACAGGAGAAAGCGAAAGAAAAAGAGAAGGAAGUGGGCACCACACUGGAACCUUCAAAAGUGCGAAAGACUAGAGCUAGCACAUCACCAAAGGUUCUUCCCAAGAAAACUCUCAGAAGCAAGGUCAGUAUAAUAUGAACUUACAACUGAUGAUGGUAACUAAUGAGGCGAAACAAAUAAGUAGAUGUUGAUACACUGUACAUGUACAUGAACUUAAAUGCACUCCACUUACAUUGUGGAUCAAGGUCUUAUCCAGGUAUAGGUAAGUUGCAUGAUGCUGGCCAGAGGUUUUAGCUUGUACAUGUAGAGCCGUGGAGUAUUAGGUCAUAUUAAAGUUUGUUUCUUUUGGACCUACCUGAAAAUGUCUGAUCCAGCAAGGAUAUAGCAUAUAAAAUAGUGCUGGGCAGAUAAGUAAGGCUUUAUGUUCACACUAUGGAAGUCAUCCACCACACCAGUUGUGAAGUAGUGUUUCCUCCUGUACGUCGCAUAUUUUGUUGUCAUGUUUUAGUUGGGCUCUAAUUUAAAGCCUAGCUAAAGGCACUGCAACAUUAACUUUACGUGAUCUUAAAUGCCCUCCACUUACAUUGUAGAUCAAGGUUUUAUCAAUCCAUGGGUGUCUGUAUCCUUUAUGGAUGUCCAGUAUUAGAGUUAAAAAAUCAAUCAAUAAAUAGUAAUAAUAAUAAUAAUAAUAAUGAUAAAUAGCCAUUUUUUAAUACUCUGUACCUAUGCACAUAGAUCACAUGUAUUUGGGAGUCUUGCUUGGAUCUUUUCUGUGCAUGAGUUUAAAUUUGAGCCCUUUCCUCCCAAAAUUAAAACAUGCUUUUGAUCUUACUGUGGUUUCUGCAGCAAUUUUGCAUGUCUUUCAUCACUGGCAACAGUACAGUUUGUAUUAUUAUCGUCAUAAAGGCAAAUUUUUAUGCUCUGCAGUUCAUGUUAAACUUUUUAUUAUGUCCUAAGCCACAGCCAUGUUAUUUGGGGAUUGGGUGGAUUUCUGAUUUUGUUGGGGGAGGUGGGGGGAGGGGGAUUGAUAUGGGGAUGGGUAUUGCAUACAGUGUAAAAAGACAGUCUCCAGAUUUUAGAUCUCUUGUGGUUGGCACCUUUAUAUAAUGAAACUCUAUCUAACGAAGUCCUCAGUAUAAUAAACGAUUUUCUUUGUCCCAGUCAUAGUAAUAUACAUGUACCGUAUUUAUUCGAAUAAGCGCCCAACCUCGAAUUAGCACCCACCUCAAAUAAGCACCCAUACUAAAGGCAGAAAACGUUAAUAGACACCCAGCCUCAAAUAAGUGCCCACCCCACCUCCCUCCCACUCUCACUUACAUGUAAACUCAAAUAAGUGCCCACUCCCUUCCCGCUACCACUCAAAAAAAAAGGAAUAAGUAGUAACUUGAGACUUCCCCCAAGAGGGAGUUUUCUUAAGAGUGUUUUGUAGAAACCUUGCUUUGUUACAUCUUCGCAUUGUGUUAUUACCAUUUACUGUUUUCUUGCAAAAUAUACAUAAUACACUUGUUGAAAAUGGUGAAAAUUUAAUUAUCACCCAGCCUCGAAUAAGCGCCCUCCUCGAGUAAGCACCCACUCUCAAGGUCCAAAAAUUUAAUAAGCACCCAGUUCAGUUAAUCGAAUAAAUACGGUAUAUGAAAAACAGCCUCAAUAUAAUGAAACCUCUUUGAAGUGAAAAAAUUUUGCUAGUCCCUUGGCCCUUCGUUACAUUAUAUCAAGGUUCCACAGUAUAAUUAUGUACAUUUAUUCCUGUAGGUCCAGCUGUCCUUCAUGCCAGAAAAGAUCCGUGCUGCCGUCACAAGCAAAGAAAUAACACCAGAAGAACACAACAUAAGGAAAACUCACGGGCAAACAAGCACUGGUAAUGUCAUAUCCAAAGACCAUGUGUCCAGUGCAGCUGCUGAACGAGCAAGUGACUCAUAUACUAAUGGCAUGGCAGUAUUGGAUAACCUAGAUGAAGAGGCACUUAAAAAAAUAACUUCAGAAGAUGACUUGAAAAUGUUCAAAGAUACUUGGGCAAAAGCUAUACAGGCCAAUGAAGAAGUGAGGUUUUGUUUUUUGUCGUAAUUAUUGUAUAUAUUUCAUGCAGAAUAGAAAGAGCUCUUGGACUGAAAUCCUAGUUGGUUCAUUUUAGUGCACUAAUAUAAAAAGGAUGAAAACAUCUCACAAGUGAAAACAAUAAAUUUGGUUUUAUUAUAUAACCACUAAUGAAAUACACUGUACCAGGUGAACUUUCGUGCAAAAACAUGAUACAUGUACACUGUAUCUUUACAGGUAAGCUCUCUAGAUGAGCCCUUUAGGCUCUUAGAGCAAAUGUUGCAAUAAAUAUUGUUUAUUAAAAAGGUAAAAAAAUUAAAAGAUCACCGUUACUAUUAUUAAUUGUUACUUGAUAACAUGCACCUUUCACAGCAACAAAACAUUAAAGUGAAAUGGUUUGGUAUUUCAUUGGUGUUUAUAUUAUAAAAAGAACAUUACAUUGUGGCGGCUUUGGAGAUACCAAAUUUCUCUCUCAUGUUGAAAAAUAUAAUUUUUUUUAUUUCAACACUUGAAGAGAAAUUUCGUAUCUCUGCAUGGCCAUACAUGUGAUAUCCUCUAUUGAAUUACCUAUAUCUGGAUGCUUUGUUGAUUUUCUCAUUACAGGUGUCAAAAACAUGUAUUUAUUUCUUCUUCUUCUUCUUCUUCUUCUUCUUCUUCUUCCUCUUCUUCCUAUUUUUUUCCAUCUCUUCCGAAAAAGAAAAGCAUGGCAUAACAUUGUUGGAUAAACUUUUCACUAUCUUUUCUUUGUGAAUUUCUGCUGAGUCAGGGAUUGCUAUGGUUUCAUCAGUGAUGGACUAAUAAUAAUUAUUAAUUCAGAGCAGAAUUGCUCACUUAUCUUCAGCUUACUGUUCACAUUCAAAUCGAUCAUUUACCUCGUUGCCAUCUAAUACUGAUCGUCUUGCUAAUUUUGUUACUGUGAAAUAAUUAUGCUGCCGCUUAGUGUUUUUAGUUAUUUACUGUUUAUGUAACUGACCUGUACCUGCAAUUCAGCUGUAGGCUGCAGAAGGCAUCCUUAAACAAGUCAUUCAUUCAUUCAUUCACUCUAGAUGCCACUGAAUCGUAGUCAAGAGUUACCAGCACUAUACAAACGACUCAUUGACGGAUUCAGCAAAACUAACUAUGGGAGAAUAACUGGACAAGCGACGAUUUGACAAACAUUAAACGACUGUUUAACUGUGACAAUAGACGGAUUGAAACACACCAAUAACAUUGAGUCUUCAUAGCCGUAACGGCUUUUAAAACUGACAGACGACAAAUGACAUUGCGACUGAUUGACCAAUCAGGUUAAGAGACCAGAGUUUAAUACCAUCAACUGACAUGAUACCACUCACUUUGACAAUGAAGAUGACUACCUCACAGGUUCUCAAAACGUCUGUCAGUGUUAACAACAGUCCUAUUUAGGGCUACAUUCUCCCAGAUGAUCGCAGGGUAACUCAAAUGACUCCUGGGUUCAAACCUUCCACAGUAGGUUUCUAGUGAUACUCUAGUAUUGUCGUGUCAUUUUUUUUUGUCAGGAGCUGUUGCCGUUAAACAACAGAAAUGGAUGUCGCUGUAUUGAAUUUGGUUCAUUUGAGAUUGACACAUGGUACUCUUCUCCAUAUCCUGAGGAAUUUCAGCGGCUUCGGAAAAUAUACAUCUGUGAAUUCUGCUUAAAAUAUAUGAAGAGACAAAUACCGGUAAGCGCCCAC